UGUCAAUGUAACCAAACGUUCAGCGCAAUUGUCAAAUCCAGAUUAAGCAAUUUUCUGAAAAGGCGUCUAAAGUAUUGCUUUUUUUGGAUAUAUUACUGUGGUUUAUUAUUUAAAAAUGUUAGCUUUGAUCAAUCGUAUCCUUGAUUGGAUUAAAAGCUUAUUUUGGAAGGAGGAGAUGGAGCUCACGCUGGUCGGGCUGCAAUAUUCAGGGAAAACAACUUUUGUUAACGUCAUAGCCUCUGGACAGUUCAGUGAAGACAUGAUACCGACUGUGGGCUUCAACAUGCGUAAAAUUACCAAAGGAAAUGUUACCAUUAAGGUAUGGGACAUUGGUGGUCAGCCUCGGUUCCGUUCAAUGUGGGAGAGGUAUUGUCGAGGAGUUAAUGCUAUUGUCUACAUGGUGGACGCGGCGGAUCCGGACAAGAUAGAGGCGUCGCGCAACGAGCUGCACAGCCUGCUGGAGAAGCAGCAGCUGACUGGCAUUCCAGUGCUGGUGCUGGGCAACAAGCGCGACCUGCCGCACGCCCUCGACGAGCACGGCCUCAUCGAGCGCAUGAACCUCUCGGCGAUUCAGGAUCGCGAGAUCUGUUGCUAUUCUAUAUCGUGCAAGGAGAAGGACAACAUCGACAUCACGCUGCAGUGGCUCAUCGCGCACAGUAAGUCCGGCAGCGCGCGCUAGUGUCGCCCGCGUCACGUCACGUCACGUCACGUCACCUCGCGUCACGUCACCUCGCCUCUACAUACUUCGAGCGCAAACGAUAUUUUAAUAUCGAUUUAAAUAUUUCAAAAUUUCUCGAUUCAAUAUUCGGUCGUUAAUUUUAAUUAAUCGUUCUAAUUUGAGUUUUCAGUACACUUGAUCAUCGUUUAUUUGUUUCGAAACAUCGAUUUUGUAUUUGAAAUAUUACUUAUCGAUUAUACGUAAUUCAGUUUGAAGCAAAGUAAUUUGCAGAUGUUCUGUUCAUCGGCUCAUCGCAGAGCCUUUCCAUUUAGAUAUAAUAGUUUACGGUAAAAUAUACGAAAAUUAUCAUCUGCCACUUUGUAAGUUAAAAAUAAUUUUUAUGUAAUUUCUAAAAUCACCGCUUUAUUAAGAUAAUUAACACGGCGGUAUAUUUGAACAUCUACUUAUUCUAAAUCUUAGCUUAAAAUUGCAUUCAAUAUUAAUUUUUAAUACGUAACAAAAGGCUAAAGAUAGUUUUAUAAAUCUGCCUAUUAGCGUUCUUGACAUCGCCUUACUAUUGGCGAAGGUGAAUUUUGAGGUUAUGAUCUGUUCACAACUUUGAAUAAAUUGCGUACGAAAUACGCUUUCUACAUUUUCGCUUAGUGGCAGAAUAGUCUAAUAAUAUUGAAAUUAUUUAAAUGAAGGCGGGUUUACUUCGUGUUGAAUUACGAUAGAGUUUGUCACUACUGUUAUUUUCUUAAAACUUUUCGACAACGAUCAUGAAUUUUUUGGAGUAAUCAUUUAAUUUGGUUUAAUGAAUUAAGUCAUAUCGAAAAUAUUAAAAGGAAAUUUGAGUUGUUAAUACUCCAGAAGAAAAAGUUCUACGUAAUAUAGAUAGAUAAGUUUUUUUUUAGAAAUAACAGUUGAGGCACUUUUUACUUGUAAUUCAGUACGAAGUGCGUUCUAAUCAAUUUAGGACAUAAUCAAAUAUUAGCUUGAGUCCUCGGACUCACACGUGUGACAAUAUAACGUAUUCGAAACUUUACAAAAAGACAGAAAUACUUCGAUGUGGUGCCAACAAUGUGAAUGACAUUUAUGGAAACGUAAUAUUGCCACAUGACAAAAUGUGCAACAACUGUAAUGUGGCAACUGACAGAUUGUCUGUGGUUGAAAUGGCGCGACUUUAGACGUCACUUUGCUCUAACAGUUGCUACAUAAGGCUGUUUGUACUACGUUAUAUCUAGAUUUUCUGAUAGUGUUAGCAUUAUAUAAUUAUUAUAAUAUAAUUAUCUCAUAUUGUUAGCUAAAGAAUAAGUUUAAAAGAUAUUUAGGUGUGAGAAUAGUGUUGCUCUGCAUUUGCUGUACAUAAGAUGGCAAACACGAAAUUUAUAUCUUGAGUUUAUAUAAACGUUACAGGUAAAUGCCGAUUUAUUUGAUGCGAUUUCGAUGUAUUUUGCUUAGAUAUACGUUUCAGUGAAGGACUGCACUUUUGAGGUUAUAUUUUUUUUACUUAGCAACACUAAAUAUAAGUUGUUUUUUGUAUUAUAAUAAAACGGCACCUUUUAUCGGUUUUCGUUUAUAGAUGUUUAUAAAUAUUAUUUAAAAAGCUGUGAUUAAAAUUUUGUUUAUACUAAAAUAUUAAAUCUGUUUGAUUUGUAUUGUCUCUUUAAAUUGUUUAGUGAAGGUUUUUUUGUAUAAAUCUGAUUAUAUAGAAACAAGUAUUGGAAAUUGGAACAGAUUAACAUAGAGUUUAUUUUGAGAAAACAAAAUGUAAUUAAGGCAAAUAACAUUAGUUGUACUUUUAUAUUUAUUAUAAAUACAUAAGUGGAACUAAUGUUUUCUGAAUCGAACCUUAAGCAAUUGUUUGGUCCAUACGAAUUUGCAAGUAAUCAAUGUAUUUUUUUUUUACUUUUUAAUUCGAUACUUUUAUAUGCAUCGGUGCGUUCUUAACACUUGGCUGUAACAUAUUUAUCCGUUUUUUUUCUACGAUAAAGACACAAAUAAUUAUUUAGUGGUGAUGAAAAAAUUAUUAAAUUGUGUUAAAAAACGCA